AUGAGAUUUACCUCCACCGUUUCCGUCUUGACAUUGGCUAUGAGUGCAUUGAGUCACGGAGCCUUGAUUGGAACCAUAUCCAGUAGUGGUAAAACUGUUCACUUUGGAGAAAUUGAAACACAAGAAAUCAAAGUGUUGCCAAUUGAGUCAACAAAAGAUGUCAUAGAUAUUAGACUCAAGAAUGACGAUUUGGAUGGUCAACCAGGGCAAAUUAUGCUCAGCUUGAGUGAUGCUCAUAAAUCUAGCGUAGCUACACAUUAUGUUCCUUCGGUUAAAGGUUCCAACAUCAAAUACAGCAUCAAGGCAAGCUCAAUUCCAGAUGUCUUGUUGUCUAAAAAUCAGCUAACCUUGGGCCUUGUUAUAGCAGACGCCACUGGUAAAUUCAACCUAGUGAAGAGAUUGGUGGAUAUUAAACCUUCUUCUGAGUUAAAAAAACCUGCCAAGCAAGAGAGAAGAUUCGAAUUCGGUAUUCAACCAGAAAUACAUCACAUAUUCAAAGAGGAUGCUAAAACCGUCAAUCCAAUUAUUCCCAUUGCUUUUAUCGCAAUUGCUUUAGCUACAUUUUUAGCAUUACUUGGAUCCUGGGUUGGAUUUAUUGGAUUGAAUGACCUUUUCAAAACGGUCAAGUCAACUUCCGGUGGUCAAUUGUUACAAAAUGUCAGCUUCUUAAUCACGUUGAUUGGAUUUGAAUUCAACUUUUUCAAGUACUACUUGGGUCAAUCCAUAUUUACAACAAUGUUCUACAGUUUCAUUUUGAGCCUUUCUGGUGUCUAUUUUGGAUCUGGUGUCUUGAGAUAUUUGGCUCAAAAUCGUACAUUGGGUAAACAAUAG